GUUCAUCCAGCUAAUAGCUUUGGCUAGAAGUCAUCCAGCUAAAUAAUCCUUCGAGAACUUGCGCUCACACUUUCUUAACUUUUAAGGGGCCAAUCGAAAGCAAUGUACCUUUUCGUCCACCUCAUGCUAACCGACAAAACGCACCGAACUUCCAUCUCUCGGAAACGCAGUGACAUGGCCACUACAACCAUUGUCGUUUUCUAUUUUCCGGCGGCGAUUUUAAGAUAAUAGAAUAUAGAUAUAUUUAGGGUCCAGGUAGAUGUUGCGAUAUUAUCUUCCUGAAAAGACUUUUGUCAAAUUGCAAUUCGCUAACGAGAACUAAAACAAAGAUAAAAAUGAAAACGUGCUUUCCAUACUUCACACACAUAAACGACAAAACGAACCGCACCGAACAACAAAAACUCAAAAACUUUCCCUCCGUCGUUCCAAAUUCCCUCUGUUUCGGCUUUCGCUGCAUGUUUCCCCAGUCGGUGGUCUCAAUAUUUAGAGAGAGAGAGUGAGAUUAUUGGAGGGAGAUGGCAAAAGGGAGAGGACGGCUGCUUGCUCGUCGCUCAUCUCGCAUCUCUCAUCUAUCCAGCUUUGCCUGCGCUCUCACAAACUCCGGAAAGCUGUAAUGGCGUCGCUCUCGCUCCUCCUCAUCUUCACACGCGUCUUCUCUCUCCUCUGCUCCAAUUCCAUUGUUACAUCUCAACCUUCCUCUCGAAGCAUCCCCUGAGAUUACUUUCCCACUAAGCAAAAACCUAAAAGAAAAAAAAAGACCACGGAUUUUCUUAUACCCAAUCCCUAUAUAAAGGAUUCUCUCUCCUCUUUUCUCAGUCUCUGAGAUCGAUCGCUCUGUAAUUCUUUGGUUCCUCCUGAUUUCUAUGAGAAAGCAUUCGUCAGGCGCGACUAGCGGAGGCAAUGCCGGUUCCUUCGAGAGGUUUCUGGAAGGCUGGCUCGUUCGCCAAGAGCACUACCUUGAUGAGCUCCUCUCGUGCCGCGAUUCUCCGGACGACGAUCUCAGAGACCUCGUAUAUCGAAUCCUCGCGCAUUACCAGCAGUACUACGACGAGAAAUCCAAGAUCGCCGAGCGGAACAUCUUCCUCGUCCUCUCUCCCACCUGGUUCACCUCUCUCGAACACGCCUUCCUCUGGAUCGGCGGUUUCAAGCCCGGCCUCGCCUUCCGACUCGUCAACGACUCGAUCGACGACCUGACGGACGAUCAGAGGCGGAGCAUUGGCCGGCUGGUCCAGGAGACGAAGUCGGAGGAGCGGGCGCUCAACGACGAGCUCGCAAAGAUCCAGGAGAGCGUGGCGGCGCCGCCGUUGCUCGACAUCUCCAGGCGCUGCACACGGCAGGUCGACGGCGAAAUCGCCGGCGCGGACGUGGCGAUCGCGACGCUAAGGACGGCACUGGAGACGGUGGUGACGGCGGCGGAUUCGCUGAGGAUGAGCACGGCGCUGAAGGUGAUGGAGGUGCUGAGGCCGGCGCAGAACGUCAGGUUCUUGGCGACGGCAGCUCAGCUUCAGCUCAGGCUCAGGACUUGGGGUUUGGAGAGAAGCUGAGAAGAAGAGAGAUAGGAGAAAUUGGACUCUGUUUUGCUCUGACUAUAUAUAUAUAGGUUGAGUAUAGUGUGUAUAUUUGUAUGAAUAUAUUCAUAUAUGUAUGAGAGGAAAUUCUUAAAAUUUUGAAAUAUCUAUUUCUAACGUCAGAUUGGAGAAAUAAAACCAAAUGUUAACUGUGAACUGU